GCUAGCAGAUCUGUAGUGCUCGAAUUCGACCCUGUGCUUUGGAAUGUAUGCAAGAUAGUGUUGGGCAAUAUUGUAGAGCCUUCACUAACUGAGCGGACAUAUGUACAGGAGUAUACUGCUUUCUGUGCGUACUGUCGGGCGCUCAAAGAGGGAAGGCUGUUUGCCAACUAA